UUGGGUUCGCCGCUGGAGUUCCGCGGCUGGAAGCGUGGUCGUGUGAAGGGGGCGGCUGCUGACGAGAGCGCGCGGCUACAGAGAGGAGCGUGCAAAAUGGACGACAAUUUCAGGGCUCCCUCAGUGCCGUCGUCGCUCACGGAGAGCUUAGAAAUGGCUAUGGAAGUGGAGAGGCAGUGCUCCAGACAUCUCAGUUUCUCCUGUGCAUCCGACCUUAGAAAUGGAGGGAAAGGCUUUUCCGCUGAUUCUUAUUUAGCAAGUGGAUCUCUGAAGAGAAUUUUGCUGGGGCUGGAUCCCUUUCCAACUGAUUAUGAAGAAGACACUGUGGAAUUGUUUGGUUUCCAGUGGGUUACUGAAAUUGCUUUAGUUGAGUCUUGUACACUUCUCUUUGGAUUAUUUAGACAACAAAUAGGCAGACUGGAAAACCUCAUUCAGUCAAGUUCAUCUGACUUUGGUCAUGCUGCAAAUCUUCACUGGGAGGCCCAUAAUGUCAGACAGCAGUGUACUGAAUUCCUGCAGUAUGUGAAAGUUUUCAUCUUCAGGUAUCUGGAGCCACACAAGGCAGAGGAUGAUGAGUUGUCCCAUCCAUAUGAACAACAAGAAGCGCUACUCCCUUCUUUGCUUGUUGAGGAGCUCCAUUCUUUAACAUUGCAUGUGGGACACUUGUAUGAACUUCCUAGUUGUAUUCUAGGAGGAUUUACCAAUCUGACUCAAGCAAAGUUAUUUCCCCCAUCAUGGCAUUUGCUGCAUCUUCACCUAGACAUCCACUGGUCAGUGCUGGAAAUACUUCAUCUUCUUGGUGAAAAGCUGCCAAGGCAAACUGUAUAUGCUCACAAGUUCACAAAUUUAACAGGCGAAAAUUUAACCAAUAUCAGUUUGUUUGAAGAACAUUGUGGAAACCUCUUAUGUGAUCUGAUAAGUUUGUCAGCCAACAGAUAUACAAAGGUGAGGCUGUCUGAAGCUCUAGCUAGUCACCACUACCCUUGUGUCUGUGUAAAAGAACUGUGGAUCCUGCUUAUUCAUCUGCUUGACCACAGAAAUAAAGGAUCCCUUACAGAGUCUUUUUGGAGCUGGUUGAAUAAAAUUCUAAAGAACUUAUUUGAAAAAGGAAGUAGUUCAGAAACAACGUCUGCCUUUGAAUUGAUUCUGUGCAAUGAUCCAUUGAGUUUUAAUUGGUGGAUAAUAACUCACCUGGCAUCACUUUACCACGUCGACCGCGUGGUAAACGAAAAGGAAUCAAAACAAGUAGAAUCCAACUGGCCCUAUGUGGAAGAUCUGUUGAAGCGGUCCAUCAAUAGUCAAACUGGAAUAUUAGAAGAACAGUUACGAAUGCAUCUUCAGUGCUGCUUGACAUUAAGCCAUAUUUGGGAUGUGAACCUCUCCACUGUCACCAUACUCUGGGAAUAUUACAGCAAGAAUCUGAACAGUCCCUUUACUAUUCCUUGGUUUGGUCUCAAAGAUCUUGCAAGUAUUAGUAAGACACCCUUAUCUAUGUAUGAGUUGGUAAAGAACUGUUGCAGUGAUAUACAUAAUCCUGACAUGUAUACGUCCAGUAAUAGUUACCAAAUUUUUCUUCGCAUUUUGGCACAAAUAAUGAAGAAGGCCAUGAAGACCAGUGGUAUUCAUCCAUGGAAACAGAUCAAAGGAAGAAUUUACUCCAAAUUCCACCAGAAAAGAAUGCGAGAACUGACAGAGGUGGGGCUGCAAAAUUGUUUAUAUCUUUUCCUCGUGCUGGCAGCUAUAGCAGAGACGGAGGAUGUUACCAGCCGCAUGAUGGAACUUCUGCAUUUCCUCAGUCCGGUUUCCACCAGCAUUUCUCAGAGAGCUCUGAUCUGGAAAGGCUACUUUGCUUUCGUCUUAACCUAUGUUGAAAAGAACAUGGACAUGGGUGUGCUAGCCGAGCAUCUCUCCAAUGCCUUCCACGAAAAAGCAAAAGAAUUCUUAGUGGCAAGAAAUGACCUCUUGCAGAAACAAAACCUUUGGAUGCUGCUUUCCACUUACGUGGAUGGUGUCCAAGAAGUUUUUGAGACCAGCUGCUACUUGAACCUUUCCGAGGAAAAGCUCUUGAGUGACGGCUUUAGUAUGCUGCUGCCAGGUUGCCGUGGAGCUGAACUUGCAACAGUGUUAACCUUCUUGCAGGAUGUUCUGUUCAGGCUAAGGACUGUGCAUCAACAUUUAAGCCAAGGAUUGCCUACGGGGAGUGCAGGUCCAAAUGCACAGCCGUUGUCAGUGGCGAAAGAGCACCACCUUGCUGUGGCCAGAGCUCUUUGGAGAAAUUUCUUUCCGUACUUGAAGAGCCAAAGAAUGUUGCAGACUCCUCCUCCUCAGCUUGCAGAUACAGCUGCAGGUUUUACUUUACUGGCGUUGGAUUUGCCCAGCACAUGUACGUUAGACCUUCAGCCUCAACCAGUUUUAUCCAUGAUGCAGUUGUUUGGAUGGGAUGAUAUGGUUUGCCCCCAGCUGGUUUCCAGAUAUCUCAGUCACUUAAUACAAAACAGUGCACUGUCUGAAACUCUUACUGGUAUGGGCCAGGCGUCUUACCAAGCCUUGUUGGUACAGUCUUGGUUUCGCUGCGUUUUGCAGAUGUUUAUCAAUCAGCCUCCUGAGACUUUGGUCAGGACGGAUGCCGAGCAAACAGCUGAUAAGGCUUACAUGGAGCAACUGUCUGAACUCACAAGACUGAUACUUAAGCUACCAGAAGUAGGAGCUGUCUUCUCAAAGGCUCUUGUUGAUGAGUCAGUCUACAAACAAGAUCCUAAGGAUGCUAUUUUCCAGUUCAUUAAGGCCGUUGGAAAAAACUACAGUGGACUUCAGACUUUACCCGAAAAAUCAGCCAUGGUGACAAAAGCCCUAGAAUACAUUGGUGAUGUAUUAAAAUAUGUCAAACCGUACUUGAUGAAGAAAGGCCCUGCGGAAGGACUCCAUCUCACCUAUAGGAUUAUAGGAUGCCUUGUGAAGUCCUGGGCACCCAUACUGGCUACUUCCAAAGCACAACCACUCUUGUUUCGCAUAAUAGAUUGCUUGCUUUUGCCACAUGCUGUGUUCCAGCAAGACAAAAGGCUGCCUGCAGCGAUGUUAUCUGCCAUUCGAGAUAAUCUUCCUCUUUUUCUUCAGGGCUUGUCCUUUAUAUGUUGCCAAUCCCAGACUCAAGUUGUCUAUUUGAAUCAGUUGCUAGGGAAUGUUAUUCAGCAAUAUUUUGGGCGCUUUCUUCCUUCAUCGUCUUUGACUUCCCGAGCUGGGCAACAUCCCAUUUUGCUGGCAAUAUGCAGUUCCACCAGCAGUCCAGGAACCUUACAUCUACGUAAGACUACUAUGCAAGUCAUCAGCAAGGAUUACCUACAGUUCAGAAGUCAUGCCCCUCCUUCUCACCUGGCAUCGACUCUCGCUUUCAUUUCGGAAGCAUUUCACAGAACCAAGUCCACUGAAACCUGUGAUGUUGAGGUGCUUCUCCCUUUUGUGUUGAAAUGCCUUUUGUUGGUCAACAACGAACCACAAGUUAAAAAACUGUCUGCAGAGAUUCUGCAGUGCCUGGUAGAAGGCUGCCAAGGAGGGUCAGGAGAAGUGCUUUGUACCCAGCUGACUUCUGUGUUUAGGCAGUUUAUCCAAGAUUACACUACUGUAUAUGAUAAUCAAGUUUACAGCAUCUUGGAAGCAGUAGCCGCCUUGGACCAGUCUCUAGUUAUCAACCUGAUUCCUGCUAUGACAGAGGCCCUGAGGAAUUCAGAGUACAAACAAGGUCUUGGCAGAAACACUGUGCAAAGAGAAGCCUAUAAAAGACUCUUAUCUCAGCUCACAGAGGCUGGACAAAUGGAGAUACAGAAACUGGAAAAUGAGUCCCAUUAGCAGUGUGUUGAUUGGUAUUUUCUACACUGCCAUUUCAUGGAAUGCCAGUCCGUUAUGCAGAGUGCAGAUUCCUGGCCUACAGGUGCAUAGUUUUUUUCUCUGUUUAGCUUUAAAACAAACGAACUGGCCUUCAACAGCUUUAGAUUUAAUGUUCCAAUACUGCAAGCACCAUGGGAAAAGUAGCACAGGUUUUCGUCUUUCACAUUGCAAUGGUGAGCCAUUGAAUCCUGCUAGAGACUGAGAAGAAAAUGCCAAGUAUAGGAAAUAUGGUGACUUUUACGGUAUUGUUGAUUUUUUUUAAUAUAUUGUUUUAAAAAAGACAAAGGGAAGCAGGAAAGAUAAUCUUUAACAGUAAAGGGUCCCAUCCCCGUCCGUCCCCCCCGCUAUAAUAAAUCAAUACACUUUGGCUGUCAGGCUUUUCAUUCUGACACUGUGAGUGAUGUCUUUGCACACAAACACUUCAUAUGAGCUGGGUGACGGCAAGGGGUUCAGUCUAAGCAAGGCCAGGGUUAGGUCAGGAUGCUUGAGCCACCUUAUGUUAACAGAAGAGUUUGUGUACGCAUUGCGUGGAAUGGUGACAGCUGUCCUAGCACUGUCCCUGUAUUAAAAAUGUGUAGAUGUGUACUACAGAAUUCAACCUCUAACCCCCUCUCUGUUGUCCUUGUACGGUUUUGCUGCUGGUGUGAACAAUGAUCCGAUCCUUGAAUAACAAGAAUUGAGUCAGUUCAGUUAUAAGAACUGCUGCCUAGGUCACUAUACUCAUGUCAUCUAUUCCCUUUUUUCAUUUUUAAGUUCCCCUUUCCAGCCCCAUGCAUCUUCGCUUAUCAAUGUAAAGAUCUCUGGCAAGUUUAACCAAAUUCUAAGAUGGGAGAAGAAAUGCAGAUGCAAACAUCGUCAUUCACAUCUCUCAAUAUAUAUUUUUUACAUCACGUAUCAUUACUUUUUGUCUUUAGUAAAUUGAAAUUGCUAGAUACUUCAGGAUGUUUAUAACACUUUAUUCC